GACACAUUCCCUCCACUCUCCAUUAAAUCCCUGCCACAUCUGUGAAGCUGCAUCAUGCCUCGAAUCUCCUACCACGGGCUGAUCACGGGUGCCGAGCAAGACCUCCAGUCGCUAACGCAAGCAGCUCUCGUGGAUGGCUUUUUUAGUCUGGAUCUCGACUGUCCAGAGGGCGUGAGGCUGCGUGAGGACAUUCGCUUUCUUGAGAAAUUCUCUGAGAACGUCUUCGACAUCCCCACUCCCGUCAAGGAGCGCUUUGAUUUCAAGACACUAGGACGGUUUCGAACCACGGGAUAUAAGCCCUUGGGCAUUGAGGAAGGCGCGAAGGCCGGAGAGCCCGACGGAUUCGAGAUGUUUAUGUUGCCCCAAAAUGAGUUUCUCCUGCCCAGUUUCCGUUCCGGUCUCCAGUCCCCCGACCUGGUUUUCACUCACCGGGAGGCUCUCACGCGCUGCAUGGAGCACUACGAGCAAGCAGCGCAGCUCAUCCUACGGCGCGUCAGCGAAGUGCUGGAUCUUGGCGACGCGCUUCUGGCGGCCCAUCAGCCCUCGGAGCCCUCGGUCACAAACCUGGGCUUCUUGAAGUAUCCGCCGCAGCCGCCCGGGUCGCGCAACUUUGGACACAUCGCGCACACGGACGUGGGCAGCCUGACACUACUCUCGGCCACCGCGCGGGGGCUGCAGGUCAUCGAUGUCGCGCGGCAGGACUGGGAGUUUGUGGAGCCAGAUCCGGCGCAGCUCUUCGUCCAGUUCGGCGACUGCCUGAAGUUCCUCUCGCGGGGGCGCAUCAUCCCCUCCCUGCACCGCGUCGUGCCCAGCGACACCGACGCCCAGGCGACCAAAUACACCCUGGCGUACUUUGUGCGUCCGAACGAGCAGGCCCAGAUCACCGCCGACGAUGGGACUGUCUGGAGCUACGAGAAUUAUCAUUGUCGCAAGUUCGAUGCCUUUGCGCGCCCGCUCAGCCAUGUCCGGCCUGAGGGCGAGCACGACAUGAUCUCCAUUCGCCAGGCGCCGCAGCGCGAGGCUCCGGUGGCCGCGGCUUGAGAGGGACGUUGAUGGGUCUGGAGGUUUGAUGUCCCAGUUCGGCUGGAGUAUUCAUGAUAGUCUCGUGCCUUUGUAUCUCAUAGUAUAUUCGCCCCGUCGGGGAUCCAGAUCUUUGAACUGAUUAUGGUUAUUGGAUUUG